CCGUGCCCUAACGUAUCCGCGGAAUGUAACAUCCCGCUGGGGAGGACUACAAUCCUCAAAAUGCUCCGCGGGGAAGCUUCCGUGACGGGAGGCCUUUGGAGCCGAAGUGUGGGAGAGGUUCUCAUGCUCCAGUUUCUAAAAAGAUAAGCCUACGUCAUGUCAAAGGAAAUAGAAGUACAUACUGAAACAUCAAAGCCAGAGAAGGAACAGCUGUUUUGUGAAGACUGUCAGGAGUACUUUGUCAGUACAUGUCCUGUACAUGCAUCUCCAUUGUUUAUCAAAGAUUGCCCCAUGGCCCAUGGAAUACCUUAUCAGACACUGAAUUCACUUCCAUAUGGAUUGGCAUUGGGCCCUUCUGAGGAUCCCAACCAAGGACUAGGAGUUUGGUGCACCAUAAAGACAAUACCUAAAGGAGCUAUCUUUGGUCCUAUGCGAGGAGGUGGUUUUGAUAAUGAAUCUAAAGGAUCUGCUCUGCAUUCUUGGCUAAAGCACCACCUUGUGUCAAAAUGUAAGAUUAAGGAGUCUGAAUCAAACUGGAUGAGAUAUACCAACUCUGCAAGGAAUAGUACUGAGCAAAAUGCAGUUCCCUUCUUGUACAAGGAUCUGGUGUACCUCCGUGUAUGCAAGUCUAUAGAGCCGGGAUCGGCAUUGCUGGUGUGGUUUGAUGAUGUUGGUAAAAAUGAGGCCUUGGAGAGUGUAUCAAAGACCAGGGAUUCCAAAGUGGAGGGCAAUCUGAAUGUUUUGGUGUUGGAUGUCGGUGAAGAAGUUCAAGAGGAGGAGACAGCGAUUGCCCUUGCACAUGAACCUGGGAGUGUGAUGAGCCGAGGAGAAGAUUCACAGCCACAGGGUGGUAAGAUGGCGUACAAAUGCGGACAGUGCCCUUACAGUACGAACCGCCGGGGCCAUUUCUUUGACCAUUGCCGGACCCACACCUCAAUGCGACCCUUCACAUGCGAGCUUUGUGGUAAGUCCUUCAAGCGGCUCCAACACCUCAAGCUGCACAUGGACUACCACCGAAAUGAGCGGCCCCACAAGUGUGCAGAGUGUGAGAAGGCCUUUGUGCAACCAGGGGAUCUCCGCACCCACGUACGCAUCCACAGCGGGGAGAAACCCCAUGUGUGCCUGGUCUGUGCGAAGCGUUUUGCUCAGAUUGCCAACCUUCGGGCACACCAGAAGAUCCACCUGAAAGGAAGAACUCAUGUUUGCGUGAUGUGCAACAAGUCGUACAAACAGCCCUCUGGCCUCCAGCUCCAUCUCCAGACACACCAGGGCCUUGGGGGUUUGGAGUGCCCUGAAUGUGGCAAGCAGUUCAAAGGUAGUGGUGAGCUGCACCGACACUUGCGAGUUCACACGGGUGAAAGGCCCUAUAAGUGCCCAGACUGCAGUAAAUCAUUCACUCGGGCAGCUUACCUGGAUACCCACCGCUAUACCCACACAGGGGUCAAGCAGUACUUGUGCAGUGAGUGCGGAAAGGGCUUCAAUGACUUUGCCUGCUUCCAGGCACACCUGAGGGCUCACAGAGGUGAGAAACCAUAUGCCUGCAGUUACUGCAAUAAGGGCUACACCCUGCUGAAGGAGAUGAAAAAACAUCAACGAAUUCACACUGGAGAGCGGCCCUUUGCUUGCAGCAAAUGUGGAAAGACCUUCAGGGUCUCUCAGCACCUAAGGAAGCAUCUCAAUGUCCACAGGAAGAGAGAUGCCAAAGUACAGCUAUGCUCAGAAAUAGAGGUCAAUGUACAAGAAACCUAGUAUAACUUCAGAGGCAUUUUAACCAUACCCCUUCUCUUUCAACUACCCAGAAUCUUGUGCCCUUAAAGCAGCUGAGGAAAAAAAAUGUAGCUGCAAGUUGUUCCCUGAAGUUUUCUACCUGUAAAUUAUUGUGACUGGGGAUCUUUCAUGUUUCACUUCAGGGCCAGUGUCUGGGAGACAUGGUGUCACAGAUAUCCAUCUACAAUCCCACACAGUCCACUGUCAACCCAGAGGAAAAGGCAGCAAUAAUUGAUAUUUGUGCACUUGGCAACCGACUUAGUAUUAUUAAAUUGUGAUGCAUGAA